GCAUUAGGAGAUAAAGCCCUGGAUGGCUACAGUAAAAAGAAAUAUGUAUGUAAACUGCUCUUCAUCUUCCUGCUUGGCCAUGACAUCGAUUUUGGACAUAUGGAAGCUGUCAACUUGCUGAGCUCAAACAAAUACACGGAAAAACAAAUUGGCUACCUUUUUAUCUCUGUUCUGGUGAAUUCCAACAGUGAACUAAUCCGCCUUAUUAAUAAUGCAAUCAAGAAUGACCUGGCCAGCCGCAACCCCACCUUUAUGUGCCUGGCAUUGCAUUGCAUUGCCAAUGUUGGCAGCAGAGAAAUGGCAGAAGCUUUUGCAUCAGAGAUCCCCAGAAUCCUUGUUGCUGGUGACACAAUGGACAGCGUAAAGCAGAGUGCAGCUCUUUGCUUGUUAAGACUCUACAAGACCUCACCUGACCUUGUGCCAAUGGGCGAAUGGACAUCACGGGUGGUCCACCUCCUUAAUGAUCAACACAUGGGAGUGGUGACUGCAGCUGUCAGCCUCAUUACUUGCCUCUGCAGAAAGAAUCCAGAUGACUUCAAGACAUGUGUGUCUCUGGCAGUUUCCAGACUCAGUCGGAUUGUAUCUUCAGCCUCCACUGAUCUGCAGGAUUAUACAUAUUAUUUUGUCCCUGCUCCUUGGCUCUCUGUAAAGCUGUUGCGCCUUCUCCAGUGUUACCCUCCUCCAGAGGAUGCUGCUGUGAAGGGUCGUUUAGUGGAGUGCCUGGAAACUAUCCUGAACAAAGCGCAAGAGCCACCAAAGUCCAAGAAGGUGCAGCAUUCCAAUGCAAAGAAUGCUAUACUGUUUGAGGCCAUCAGUCUGAUUAUCCAUUAUGACAGUGAACCUAACUUGCUGGUGAGAGCCUGUAACCAGCUUGGCCAGUUUCUGCAGCAUCGGGAAACCAAUCUGCGCUAUUUGGCCCUGGAAAGUAUGUGUACAUUGGCCAGCUCUGAAUUCUCCCAUGAGGCUGUAAAAACACAUAUUGAAACAGUCAUUAACGCUUUAAAGACAGAGAGGGAUGUAAGUGUAAGGCAGCGAGCUGCUGAUCUCCUGUAUGCAAUGUGCGAUCGUACAAAUGCUAAGCAGAUUGUUUCGGAAAUGCUGAGCUACCUGGAAACGGCAGACUACUCAAUUCGUGAAGAAAUUGUCCUGAAAGUGGCCAUUCUAGCUGAGAAGUAUGCUGUGGAUUACAGCUGGUAUGUGGACACUAUCCUGAACUUGAUCCGCAUUGCUGGAGAUUAUGUCAGUGAGGAAGUCUGGUACCGUGUCAUCCAGAUUGUUAUCAACCGGGAUGAUGUGCAAGGCUAUGCAGCCAAAACCGUUUUUGAGGCUCUUCAGGCUCCUGCCUGCCAUGAGAACAUGGUAAAAGUAGGAGGAUAUAUUCUUGGAGAAUUUGGUAAUCUUAUUGCUGGAGAUCCUAGGUCCAGCCCACUGGUGACAGUGCUGCUUACUCCAUUCAAAUUUCACUUGUGCUGCGUGUCAACUCGAGCGUUUCUCCUCUCAGGACCAGGGAUGUGUGUUCAUGGCAGGACUUACCAAGAAACCAAUACCCAAGUCAAAUAAGCUGCGUUAAAUAGGGAGAUCAGAAAUGCUACCAUGUGGAGCACUGGCAGAGCAGCAGAAAUUACCUGAAGCUGAGCUUCUAUUGCAAGCACUGAUGUCCUUGCUACAGUGCUGGAGGAGAUGCCACCUUUCCCUGAACGGGAAUCCUCUAUUCUGGCCAAGCUGAAGAAGAAGAAAGGACCAGGUGCAGUCAGUGAGUUAGAAGAAGGAAAGAAGGAUCCAAACUCUGAGAUUAACGGUGGAGUGGAACCCACACCCAGCACUGCAUCUACCCCAUCUCCAUCUGCUGAUCUCCUUGGUUUGCGGAGUGCCCCUAUAACAGGAUCAGCAGCACCCAGCGCUGGAAACCUUCUGGUGGAUGUUUUUUCAGACAGUUCUCUGCCACUGCUUCUGUAGCUGCUGGUGCUGAUGACAACUUUCUAAGUGACUUGGACCCGCCCUCUGAAAGUCCUGCGUCCCUGUUGGUCAAUGCAGACCAGCCUUCAGAUUCUGGCUCUACUGUUUCAGAGGAUCCUGCUUUGCCUAUCGCUGAGGCUGAUGAGCUUCUCAACAAGUUUGUCUGCAAGAAUAAUGGAGUACUUUUUGAGAACCAACUUUUGCAGAUUGGGGUGAAGUCGGAAUUCCGUCAGAACCUAGGACGUAUGUACUUGUUUUAUGGGAACAAAACAUCGGUCCAGUUCCAGAGCUUUACUCCAACAGUGUCAUACCCAGGAGAACUGCAGAACCAGCUCAACGUUCAAACCAAACCAGUGGAUCCUGUGGUGGAGGGUGGCGCACAAGUCCAGCAGGUGUUAAACAUUGAGUGCUUGGCAGACUUUGAUGAGGCUCCACUAACUAAUAUUAAAUUCAGGUACGGAGGAACGUUACAGAGCAUCACAUUAAAAUUGCCGAUAACCAUCAACAAGUUCUUCCAAGCAACUGAGAUGCCGUCCCAGGACUUCUUCCAGCGUUGGAAACAGCUCAGCCUGCCACAGCAAGAAGCACAGAAGAUUUUUAAAGCCAACCAUGCGAUGGACUCUGAAGUGACGAAAGCAAAGCUGUUGGGAUUCGGUACUGCACUACUAGAAAAUGUGGAUCCUAAUCCAGACAAUUUUGUGGGUGCUGGUAUAAUUCAGACUAAGACUGUUCAGGUUGGCUGUCUCUUGCGUCUAGAGCCCAACAUCCAAGCUCAGAUGUAUCGACUUACCUUGAGAACCAGCAAAGAAACUGUCUCCAAGCACCUAUGUGAGCUUUUAUCAAAGCAGUUCUAA